CGCCCGCGGCUGUAUAGAGAGCGCACGCGUGUCUCGUUGCCUUUUUAGGUAAUUUCUCAGGAGUGCUACAAAAACUUGGCGCGAAGCCAAAAAACUGUUUUGACUGUUUAGUGAAAAAAGUGACUCAGUGACCAUGUAUCUGACGAAAUUGCGUUUUUUAGUCAACAACUGUUUACUACAACAGAAGUGACAUUUAGCACAAUGUCUCCAGAUAAACGCAAAAGGAGAAACGUAAAGCAGUGUGAUAAAAAAAGGACUCGUAAGCUUCUAUAGCAAUCAUAAAAUAGACUUUAAAAAAUUCAUGAUCUCACCAGUAUUUUAGUGCUCAAGUUUUAAAAUAUAGAUUAUAAAAUUAAAAAAAAGACUGAGUAAAUUUCGAAUUUCGAAAAUGAUCGCGUUGAAAAAGUUAUACGGGGACGAGUUGCUUCGUUUGGCGCUAGUGUUAAGCCUUUUAAAAAUUGAUCCGAACGAUUAUUUGGAGCGGGAAACUCAGCUGAUCGCGGGACUCCACAUCUCAAACGGCUCUGAUUGGUCAGCGGAGCAGGAACCGCGAACGCUGAUUCGUCCAAGGUACGUCCAUCCAAAAUCAUUGGACAACGUCCUGAUCAACUACGAAAGAGAAUUAUUCGAAGAACUGAAUUCUUUAGGACGUUACAGCUUUACUAGUAAUAAUGAACCAAUGUUUCCGACUCAUACAUAUUUAGUGAAUAACGUAGCGACUGAUUUAGUCGCGCCCUCGCUGGCGAAUCGGACGGACGAUGACGACCAGGAUGGCGUGUCUGCUGACGACAACGUAGCCCAGGAAGUUAAAGUUGAAGAUCUGGAUGAAGAAUCACAGGAAGCCUACCUAGAGAGUCAGGCUUCGGGGAAUCAACACCAGGAAAAUCCGGAGCAAGGCAGUCUUGCACAGACAGACCAAAAAGAACAGGUUUUGGAUCUGGGAAACACAGAGCAAGAAGCUGCCGGAUUUACUCCUGAUGCUGUAGUCACUCUGUCAUCUGAUUUCUUGUCUAACCAGUCAGAGUCUGAUAUCUUUGCCGAAAUACAAUCGAGAAGUUUUGAUGUUAAUGAAUUCUUGGUGCUACCAGAUAUGCAAAUUAAGAGAGAACCCCAGGACCCUGAAAUUCGUGAUGUCAACAUCAAGAAGGAAAAGGAAAAUGACGACCUAUACAGCGACAAUGCAAUUGAUGAUUUCGUACCGUACUUUACCGCAAAAUCGGAGAAAAUCGACAUUGGUGAGAACUCAGUGUUUGACCAAAAUAUGGUUGACCUGCGACAGUACGAAGACAUGUAUGAAGACUUCAAGGACCUGAAGAAUCUUGAAUAUCUGGACGUUAAACAACAGCAAGAGAAUUUGGAACAGUACUUGCUUGAGAAUACACCUUUGGACUCUGAGGUUUACGAAUUAGGACCUAUAUUCGAAGAGGAGUUAGUUCUGGAUGUCAAGAGGGAAAGAGCUAGCACUAGUUUCACUUCAGCAAGUUCCAGUGGUGUGAGCGAGAUGGAGAUAGACUUGAAGACGGAACCUGAUGAAGGGCACCAUACUGGCGACGAGUUGACGCAAGAGAUCAACACUGUGAGAUGGGCUGACAGACUCUCAGAGCAAUAUUGGUUGGAAUGCGGGGUAAGACAGGGCGGACUGACUUCGCCCAGGCUUUUCAAUCUGUACAUAAAUGACUUGAUUGCGCAACUCAGUUUCAUGCGCAUGGGUUGCUACGUGGAUGAUGUCUGCGUAAAUAAUUUAAGCUACGCAGACGACAUGGUGCUGUUGGCUCCGUCAGUUGGCGCAUUAAGGAAACUCGUGGCAGUCUCAGGACGUAAAUGUCCUGUGGAUGUUCCACCGAUCACUCUAAAAGGGAUUGUUCUGGACAGAGUGCAUAAUUUUAAGUAUUUGGGACAUGUCGUUAGGCCUGAUCUCAAAGAUGAUAAUGAUAUGGAAAGGGAGCGGAGAGCUUUGUCAGUAAGAGCGAAUAUGCUGGUUCACAGGUUUGCUCGAUGCUCUGCUGAAGUUAAGAUGCAUUUCACCGUGUGGCUUUCUUUUGUUACAACAAAUGUGUCUACAGUCGAAAAAGACAGCCAACAUCAGUUUUCACUUUCAGUGGCAUCGCUACGCACGCCGGCUACAGCAAGCGAGUACGUGCUGCAAGGCGAUCUUCCCGGCGAGUUACUUGGCGGUGAAGAAACGCACUUCGACUUACUCGAGGACGCUCUUCAACUGGUCGACUUGGGAGAGAAGGAUGAACCGCAGGUAUUCUUCCACCUAAGCGCAUUUGCGCAAUGA